AUGGCAGAUAAUGGCUUGCUGGCCCAUGAAUUACUUUCUUACAUGUCUAAUUCGUGUUCUAAAAAUAUUUCUGCUGCUUUAAAGUUAGAUAUGAAUAAGGCUUAUGACAAGGUUAAUUGGGAUUUUCUCUGGGAUGUUCUUCGAAGAUUUGGUUUUCCUCCUUACUGGGUUCAUAUCUUGCAACAAUGUGUUACAACGGUGUCCUAUCAGCUCUUGGUCAAUGGUUCUCCCUCAACACCUUUUAUUCCUAAAUGCGGGCUGAGGCAAGGGGAUCCUCUAUCUCCUUACCUUUUUGUGUUAUGUAUGGAAAUUCUGUCUUUGAUGUUACGCCGUGCUGAACUCAGGGGUAUUCGUAUUGCUAGUCGGGCUCCUUCUAUUUCGCAUCUCUUCUUUGCUGAUAAUGAGCUGAUUUUCUUUCAUGUUUCUCCUGAGGCCUGUGAUAAUGUGCUUUCGGUGGUUAAUGAGUUUUGUUCGAUAUCCGGUCAAAUGAUUAAUAUUCAGAAAUCUUUUGUUAGAUUUAGUUCUAACACUCCGGUUGAUUAUCGAGAGUACCUUUCGCACAGCCUUAAAAUGCAGGCUCGUCCUUCCAUUGGAAAUUAUUUAGGGCUCCCUGUGGAUAUGGGUCGGAGUAAAUGCAAAAAGUUUCAGUUCGUGAUUGAUAGGCUGGUUCAGCGACUUUCCGUGUUUUCUUCUCUCAGGCUUUCGGCUGCAGCUAAAUUGGUUGUUAUCAACUCUGUCUUUAUUGCUUCUUUUAACCAUGUUCUCUCGGUUUUUAAGCUUCCUUCUACGAUUUGUGAUAAAAUCAACUCUCUUUUAUUACGGUUUUGGUGGAAGUCUGGGGAAACGUCUAAGGGGCUAGCCUUGGCUCCUGCUGCUGCUGUUUAUCUCCCAAUGGGUUUGGGGGGUCUUGGAAUCCGCCACAUCCAGUCCUUUAAUGUUGCUCUGCUGGCUCAGCAAGCUUGGAGAUUGAGACAUAAUCCUCAACUCUUAGCUUCUCGUGUUCUUACAGCUAAAUACUCUGCGCUUCUUCAACAUAGGUCGCAUUUUUCUGGUUCCCGUUCUUCGUGGGGAAGCCAUGGUCUUCUUCAGGGGAACUUUUCUCUUUCAGAGGCUCUUUCCUGGAAGAUUGGGUCUGGAAAGAAUAUCAGCAUAUUAGAUGAUAAUUGGUUGCCCAAUGUUAAGGUGAGUUUUAAGGAUCCGAUUCCUUCUCAGGCGAGACCGAUGUUUGUUUCGGGGCUUUUCUCUGCCAACUCAACUUCUUGGGAUCCAUCAAAGGUUAGAUCUCUUUUUCCUCAGUUGGUGGCCAUGUCCAUUCUGAGUCUGGAGCGUCCUUUAAAGGCAGUUGAUGAUUUUGUAUAUUGGAAAUAUACACAGGAUGACAAGUUCUCUACAAAGUCUACUUAUUUACAUAUUUUAUCUCAACAUGUUAACCCUCCGGUCUCUUUUAUUCCUCCUUCCUGGUGGAAACGUCUUUGGGGGUUACCUAUUCUUCCAAAAUGGAAGAUGUUAGCUUGGAAGAUUGUUCUUGAUGCUCUCCCGUCUAUGGCAGUUCUCUCUCGUAAAGGUAUUAUUUCUGGUCUUAGUUCAGGGAAAUUCUGGUCCAUCUUGGAUUAUUUCUUUGGGGUGUGCUGGGCUAUUUGGUUAACCAGAAAUAAUGUUAGAUUUCGUUCGGCAGUUUAUUCUCCCAAUUCCAUUUUAGAAUUGGCGUCAGAUUGGUGUUUCAGGAGUCAGAAUGCUCGUAUUCUUACCUUUUCACAAAUAGACAAGCCUCCGGGGUUUCCUUUUCAGCCUACUUCUUUUGCUCUUUGUGGCAAGUUGGAUGAUAUCUGUGAUAUUCUUAUGCUCUUUGAUGGAGCUUGGGACAGGGAAUCUCAUGAGGCGGGUACUGGUUGGUUGUUUUGUAACGCUGCGUCGCAGCAUCCAUUGGGAGGCGGGGCUAAAGCUUGUGUGGCUGGUUCGACUCUCCAUUCUGAACUCCUAGCCUGUUUGUAUGGUCUUCAACAAGCUCGUUCAUGGGGUAUUUCUAAGCUUCUUCUCCUUACUGACUGUUCUAUUAUUGCUACUUUGCUGUUGUGCAAAGAUUUGGCGGAUGUGUCAGUGUGUGCUGGUCUAUUCAGGACAUCCUUGUUGCAAGUGAGUUUCUACAUUUCCGGUACAAUGUCCAUCUUGCAGAUGGAGGAAUUGCAUAUUAUUUAG